AUGAAUAGAUCACUGUUGAAUGUGGUGCUUGGUGGAAUGGGAACGAAAUCGCAAGGUGGUGGAAAGGCGAAAGCAAUCGAGGGAACUGCCACUGAGACUAACACUCAACAGACGGUAGAUUUAUUGGCCGAAGCGAAGAAUAUCAUCGUAGUGCCUGGAUAUGGUUUAUGUGCAGCACAGGCGCAAUAUCCAAUUGCUGAAAUGGUGAAAUUAUUGAGAGAACGAGGCAAAAACGUUCGAUUCGGUAUUCAUCCUGUGGCGGGUAUAGCGUUUAUC